AUGGAGAAAGACCUUUUUAGUAGUCUCCAUGAUAUGAAUGAAAAUGAAUGCGAUAAAAGAAAUAUUAACGAUAAUGGAAACUCUUUUAAAAGAAUAAAAUAUCAAGAUAAUACUAAUGGUGAUGACAAAAAUUGUAAAAUCGAAAUAGUAAAAGAAGACAAUAGUUUUUUAAAUACCGAUAAUAAUAAUAAUAACAAUGACACAAAUUCUCAACCAUCCAAACCAUUUAUCAUAUCAACCACAACUACAACUAUAGCUACAACUACAACUACAACUUUAUUAAGCCCACAAGAACUUUGUGAACAAUCUCAACAAUCACCAACAAUUUCAUAUUACUUACAACAAUAUAUCAUAAAAAUGAUAUGUAAUUUUAUAAAUAAUAAUUCAACCACUAGAAUUUUUAGAUAUAAUUUAACAACAAAGAAUGAGAUUCAGAAUCUAACAUUAAGUUUAGCAUUGGUAAAUAAAGGAUGGUUCCAUACAGUUUCAAAUUUUCUUACAGUAUCAAUAAAUUUUAAUUAUAAGUGGUCACCUCAAAGAGCAUUCAAAAUUUUAAAUCCAAAAACGUGUGAAAAAAUAAAAAAUUCCAAUAAUUAUAAUAAUAAUAAUAAUAAUAAUAAUAAUAAUAAUAAUAAUAAUAAUAAUAAUAAUAAUAAUAAUAAUAAUAAUAAUAAUAAUAAUAAUAAUAAUAAUAAUAAUAAUAGUGGCAAUAAUAAUAAUAAUACCAAUAAUUAUAACAAUGAAAUAUAUGAUAAUAAAAAAAACAAUUAUAGAGUUAAUAAUAAUGGUUUUGGGGACUAUAGUGAUUAUGAUGAGGAUGAAGAUGAUGACAAUGAAAGUGUUGAACAAAUUCAAGAUCAAAAUGUUGAAUCGAAUUGGAAAAACGAAUUGGAAGACGAAACAAUAUUGAACAGUCAAUUCAAGAUUUUAAAAGCAUCAAAUAUAAAAACCUUAAAGAUUACAGUUAAUUUGGAUGAUGAAAUUAGGUUUAAAAAUAUUUUGAAUGAAGAGAUUAAAUCAUUACCAUUACUGGAGAAAAUAACGAUAAUGGAAUAUAAUGAGUAUCUAGGUUUGGUUAAUUUUGAAAAUAUUAAAGUUCAAUCAAUAGACUUUGACCGUUUUAGUAAUAUUAGAGUAUUUAGUGAAACAAAUAUUAAUUUAAACCAAAAUAAUAAUAAUAAUAAUAAUAAUAAUAAUAAUAAUAAUAAUAAUAAUAAUCAACAUAAUGUCUCAUUAAAUAUAAAAAAAAUUCAAAUAAUAAAUAAUAUUUCACUUUAUACACCAAUUAGGAUUAUAGAAUUGUUUAAAAGGUGUAAAAUAAAGAAAUUUUGUUUAGAGUUUUAUCCAUAUGAAUUCCCUUUCAAACAUUUAUUUGAAAAUAAAUCAUUCAAUUUUUCAAUGCGUCAAUUCGAAAUAUAUGAUAUCACAUUAUCAUUGGAAGAUCUUUAUUAUGUUUUAAUGGGUGCCGAUAGAAUUCAACAAUUAUCGUUUGAUAUUUGUUUUGAUAAUUUAUUAUAUUGUGUUACAGAGAAAUUAACACCACCUUGUUUCUGUAGUUUCAACCAAAAUAAUCAAAAUAAUAAUAAUAAUCAAAAUAGUAAUAAUAAUAAUAAUAAUAAUAAUAAUAAUAAUAAUAAUAAUAAUAAUAAUAAUAAUAAUAAUAAUAAUAAUAAUAAUAAUAAUAAUAAUAAUAAUAAUAAUAAUAAUAAUAAUAAUAAUAAUAAUAAUAAUAAUAAUAAUAAUAAUAAUAAUAAUAAUAGUAAUAAUAAUAAUAAUAGUAAUAAUAAUAAUAAUAAUAAUAAUAAUAGUAAUAAUAAUAAUAAUAAUAAUUAUAAUAUUAAUCAAAAAUAUGAUAUGAAUCGGAUAUAUUGGAAGUCAAUUUCAGAUAUAAUUAGAAACCAUAAAUACUUGAAGUUUUUAUCAAUAAAACAUAGGUGUCAAUUUUUUUAUAAUAAUCAUCAUGGUUUAAAUAAUAUUAAUCCCGUUCCAAAUUUUAUUAUCAAUAAUAAUAAUAUUAAUAAUAAUAAUAAUAAUAAUAAUAAUAAUUAUAAUAAUAAUAAUAAUAAUAAUAAUAGUAAUAAUAAUAAUAAUAAUAAUACAAAUGGUAAUAUUAAUUUUGGAAAUUCAAAAAGUGAAACAGAAUCAGAAUUUCACAAAAGACCAGCAUUUCCAAACGAAUUUAUUUAUGCAUUAGGUGAGGUUUUGGCCAAAAAUACCUCUUUAGAAAAAAUUAAUUUUUAUAGUUUUCAUACAGCUCAAUUGUUUGAAUAUAUUUUAACUCAUGGAAAUCAAUCAAUUACAAGAUUUACAACUACUUUUAUAAAUACACAUAAAAAUAAAAAAGAAUAUAUAGAAUCAGUUGAAAAAUUAAUUGCUCAAUAUCCACAUAUCGAAUCCUUUACUAUAAGGAAAACAAAUUAUCGUCACAAUUAUAAUGAUGAUAGGGCAAUAUUUAAUUAUUUAUUACAACCUUAG